AAAUAUCUGGGACUCGGACGGCUGCUGUCCCACUUGCUGUGAGUGUGCUGCUGAGGGGCGCUGCUCCUGCUCCUGCCCAGCAACAUGGUCGAUGCCUUUGUGAACAGCAAAAUCCGACAUGACAAAGUCACCCUUUUUGUAAAGGGAACCUGCCCGUACUGCAGGAAUGCCGUGGCAUUGAUGCAGAAAUUUAACUUUCUGCCAGGACACCUGGAGGUGGUGGACAUCACCGGGAUGGAAGAUGUGCAGGACUACUUCCAGCGGACAACAGGGCAGCGAACUGUUCCUCGUGUGUUUAUUGGGACAACCUGCAUUGGAGGAUUUUCUGAUCUGCAGAAUUUGUAUCAGCAGCUCCCCGGGAUGCUACAGAAGAUUGGUGCCCUGCAGUAGCUGAAGGGACAAAGAUGACCACGAACUGUGACCUUCCCAUCUUCACAUGCGCACUUCUCGGAGCAGAUUCCUUCCAGCUGCUCUCUGUGGGAUCAAAUCCAUCUUUUUAGGGGAAUGCAACCUCUUUUCAUUUCAUUUAUAUGUGCUUCAGCGUGUCACAUCUCUUCAUCCUUUCUGUAGCUGCAGAAAGAAGUCCAGAAUGUGAAGCAAUUCAGCCUAAUAAAAUACGCUUGCACUAAG